AGAUUUUGACGUUGCGCAUGCUUACUAGCGGUGACUGUUUCUUUGUUUUCAACCAGUCGGUGACUGUUUCUUUGUAUUCAACCAGUCGGUGAUACUUCCUUACCUUGAUGCGAUGAUAUUUCUAUAGCACAAAUACAUGUACCAACCCCGAUGGGCUGGAGCCGCGGCUCGAAGUGUCCAUGAUAUGUUGACCCAGCUCCGGAGCUAACAGCCGACAGCCACAGUUCACACGAUGGCAGAAAAGAAAAGCCUUCGUGUGCAGCUGCCGGGCGAUAUGGCGGACGGGAGAGCUGCGGGCCGGGAGGGCGAGACGCCCACCCUCGUUCCUGUCCUGGCGGUGGGCAUGACGUGUGUGCCCGGCGGCGUGUGCCUCAUGGCCAAGGACGCCGUGGCCUACCCCGUGGGCAGGUGCCUGGCCAUGUACAGCCCCACGCAGCUGCCGCUGGUGCGCAUGAGCGAGCCGCUGCGCUCGGUGCGCGGCAUCACGGCGCUGGCGGUCAGCCCCAACAAGAAGUACCUGGCGGCGGCGGAGAACAUGGCGGACGGGUACAUGCCGCAGAUCACGCUGUUUGACGGCUCCACGCUGGAGCGGCUGGCCACAGUCACCGGCCCGCACGUCACCUCCUCAUACACCUCCGUGUCCUUCUCAAGCAACGGCUCCAUGCUGCUGGCUGUGGGGGCGGACGAGGCGCACGGCACCAGCACCUUCCACCUGUGGGAGUGGGGCGCCAGCCCGCAACCCAAGUGCAGCGGCACCAUUGAAACAGGCGGCGAGGAAGCGGCGGGGGGCGGCGGAGGAGGAGGAGGCGGAGGGGGAGGCGGAGGGGGCUCGGGUGGCAGCGGCGGCCGGCCGGGCCCUGUGCUGCGUGCGGCUCUGGACCCGCGGUUUGACAGCAACGUGCUGGUGCUGUGUGCGCGGGACGUGGGGCUGUGGCGCCAGUCGCCCAACGGCUUCAGGCGGCAUGCGGUGGAGGGCGUGGACCUGCCGCCCGGCGCCUCUUUCGUGGACCUGUCCACACUGCCCGACGGCCGCUUCCUGCUGGCCACCUCCACACGCCAGGUGCUAGUGGUGGACCGCGCCAGUGCGCACGUGGCUCUGACCAGCGACCGGCCCAUACUGACGGUGCUGGGGCUGCCGGACGGCUGCGUGGCGGUUGGCACGGAGCGCGGCUUCCUGCAGCUGUUCAGGAGGAGGGCCAAGGACGACCACGACCACUACGCCAUCUACUCGGAGACGCGUGUGCCCGAGUCCGCCCAGUCGGUGUCGCUGGACGCGCACAUCCGGGCCAUGUGCGCCGACGCAGCCGGCGACACGCUGCUGUGCACCACUGCCGGCGGCGGCCCCACCUACCAGUUCAACCUGGCGUAUGCGCGGACUCUGGCGCUGACGCCCGAGGCCAGCUCCGACCUGUGGGAGAUGCUGCUGCCGGGCGCGCACGAGCAGUCCAUCGUGUCGGCCAGCCUGGCCUACAAGCGCGACUUCCUGGCCACCGCCUCCAAGGACCUCACCGUGCGCGUGUGGCAGACCUCGCCGCUGCGGCUGGUGCUCACGCACAUGUGCCACCACUCGCCGCUGGCGCUGUCCAUAGACCCCUACGGAAGGGAGCUGGUGGUGGCGUUCGUGGACUGCGUGCGCUGCUACAGCAUUGUGGAGGGGCUGCUGGUGGACGGCGACGAGCUGAGGCACGAGUUCGGACCCGCCAACCCGGGCGCCGCGGGAGCCACCACCACCACCGCACCGCAGCCCACCGCCGCGGCCCUGGCGGCAGCAGCGGCGGGCGCGGCGGGCGAGCGCGGCGGGCGGCGGGGCGCGGGGGCGGGGGCGGGGGUGCUGCCUGGCGAGCCGGCGGGUGUGCCGCUGGACCACUGCUCGCUGGUCAAGUACUCGCCCACGGGGGCGUUCAUUGCGGCUGCGGGCGGGCCGGGAGGCCGACACAUCUACGUCUUCAGCACCCUGACCAAGCGGCAGGUGGCGGUGCUGACGGGGCACUACGAGGCGGUGAUGGACCUGGUGUGGUCGGACGACGGCGCCUACCUGGGCAGCACGGGCGAGGGCGCGGUGUUCACGUGGGCGGUGGACGGCUUCGUGCGCGUGCAGGAGAACACCAGCAAGCUGUACCUCAACGACGCCAUCGCCUGCACGCCCGACUUCAAGACGCUGGUGGUGGGGGACACCACGCAGGGACUCCGCAUCAUGGAGACACUGCGCAAUAACGCCGCCAACAACUCGGCCGACGGCGACGGCGCAGGGGGCGGCGCCGGCGGCAAGCUGGCGAGCGCCUUCAACAAAGCCCUGGGCAGCAGGAGCGGGCGAGCCGCCUCCACAGCGGGCGCCGCCGCGGAGAGCGCGGCCGCCACGGAAAGCGGCGGCGCCAACGGCAGCACACCCGACACGCCCGUGUUCAAGGUGCCUGGGCGAGCUUCCACGGUACCCAUAGGGCCCAACCUGGACACCCACCACGCCGGAUCAAUCAUCAGCCAGAACCGCAGCAAGAUGCAGGCCGUGAGCCGCAUGACGGCCAUGGUGGGCGGCGGCCCGCCCGACUCCGCCGCCGCCUCCGCCGCCGCCGCCGCCAUGGUGGGCUGCGAGCUCAAGCUGCGCUCCAACUUCCAGACCAUCAUCCAGCCCGGCCGCGGCGGCCUGGCUGUGGUGCACUGCGCGCCCACGCUGAUGCCGGCCGGGCACGGCGCGGUGGCGGCGUACGGCGGCUAUGACGCGGUGGUGGGCGCGGGCGUGCUGGGGCGGGUGCGUGUGUGCCCGCUGCGGCCGCGCAGCAAUGACGACGUGGAGGAGUACUUCCUGCACGCCAGCGACGUCACGCAGGUUGUGGCGCACCGCGACGGGCGGCUGGUCAUCACCGCGGACGCCAGCGGCACCUGGAUGCUCAACAUCCUGCUGCCGCCCGGCCUCACCGCCGCCGCCGCCUCCACCGCCUCACACGCGGCCAUGCCGCCCAGCCCGGGCGCGCACGAGGCGCCUGGCUCGCCCACACGCGCCAUGUCGCUGGCAGGGGCGGGGGCGCUGCCGGGCCGCGUCAGCACGGCGGGCGGGAUGGCGGCGCUGGUGGCGGCUGGCGGCGUGCUGAUGCAUGCUGAUCGCACGACGCUGGCACACAAGCUGAUUCGUACGGUGCUGGCGGCGUCGGAGUUCAGCAGUUACGCCGCCACGUCGGCGGCGCGGGCGGCGGCGGCGGCGCACAGCAGUGCGGCGGCGGCGGAGAGCGGCGCGGCCAGUGCGCAGCUGAUCGUGAGCGUGCGGGCGGUGGAUGUGCAGCUACUCAAGGAGAACGUGCGCGAGCUCAAGGACCGGCUGGCCAAGUUCGCGACGGAGGCCGAGUACAAGAUGUACGAGCGCGAGCAGGUGGUGCGGCGCGAGCUGGAGGGCGAGGUGGGGCGGCUGCGGCAGGAGGUGGACGUGCUGCGGGCCGACCUGGCCUACACGCGGGCCACGGCGGCAGACGACGCAAACACCUCGGAGCGGACCCGGGAGAACAUGACCCGCGACUUCGAGCGCGCGCUGCGGGAGCAGCAGGACAUGUUCGAGAAGAAGCUGGCGGCGGAGAUCGCGCGCACGGACGCGGCGGAGCGCGAGAUGCAGCGGCUGCGCGCCAAGUUCGGGCGCAAGCUGUGGCAGCUGGACGAGGAGCACGGCGCGGCGCUGCGGGAGGCGGGCGAGACGCAGGCGGUGCUGCAGACCACCAUCGAGGCCACCAAGGCCGAGGCGCAGAAGAACAUCGCCGCCGGCCGCGCCCAGAUGGAGACGGAGCUGCGUGUGGAUGGCGAGCUGAACGAGGAGGAGCUGCAGCGCGCGGCGGACGCGGCGCAAAAGCAGAUUGAGGAGAAGGACGAGGCCUACCUCAAGCUGCUGGCCAAGCACACGCUGCAGAGCGGCCUGUCCGCCAAGACGGCGCAGGAGAACGAGCGCCUGCGCGCCGAGGCGGAGGCGCUGAGGAAGGAGAACACGCGCCUGGCGGAGCAGGUGAUGGCCCUGACGGAGGAGCUGGAGGCCAUGCAGGCGGCCUGGGCGGACCGCGACGCGCGGCAGCGGCAGCAGGACGCGGAGAUGAAGGACAUGGCCUUCCAGAUGCAGCAGGCGCAGCUCUUCACCAGCCUGGCCACCACCCGCAUCAAGGAGCUCAACAACGAGCUGGAGCCGGUGCGGGGGGCGCGCGACGAGGCACAGGCGCAGGUGGCGAGCAUGGAGGGCGUGGCGCAGCGGCAGCUGGAGCGGCAGGCCAAGGUGGUGUCGGACAACAGCAACCUGCAGAGCCGCCUGGACGCCGCCAAUGACGAGCUGAAGCAGGUCAAGGGCGAGAUGCUGGAGCGCGAGGCCUACUUCAAGAACUUCACCACGCAGCUGUUCCGCACGGUGCAGGACGUGCCGCACCACCAGUGGCCCACGCUGUUCGGCCGCAUGAUAGAGGACUACCACAAGGGCCGCGACAAGGCCUCCUGGGCUCGCUACCUGGAGGCGGACCACGGCGCGGCGGCGCACCCGCCCGGCAGCGCGGGCGCCGGCAUGGCCUCCGGCAGCGCCGGCCGCAACACGUCCGCAUCAGGGCUCAUGGGCAGCUCCGCCACCACCGCCGCCGAGUUCAACGAGAAGAUCAACGAGCUGCACGCGCAGCUGAUGCACACGGAGAAGAUGCUGAGCCUGGUGACGGAGACCAAGGACAAGGCCGACAAGGCGCGGCGGGCGGUGGUGUCCAAGCUCAUGGCAGACAACCUCAUGGUGGUGCAGGAGCUGAACGACACCAAGCGCGACCUCAAGCUGGCUCGCGAGCUGGCGGAGAAGCGCGCCAUCGAGCUGGCGGACCUGCGCAUGACCGUGGCGGUGGCGGGCGGCGUGGCGGGCACCGGCCUCGCGGGCGCAGGCCCCAGCGCCAUCGCCACCACACCGGGCGGCGGCGGCGGCGGCGGGCCGCUCAGCGGCGCCGUGUCGACGGCGGACGUGGGCGGGCUGCCGCAGGGGCCGGCGGGGCGAGCGAUGUCGCGCCUGCCGUCUCGCCUCGGCGACCCAAGCCGGCAGCAGACGACAGGACCCAACGGGAUGCAACAGCAGCAGUCUCCGCAGCCGCCGUCAGUCAGCCCGCGCGCCAGCGACGGCGCGGCCGGGGCGCAGGGCGGCAGCCCGGGGCCGCGCGGCGGCGGCGGCAGCAGUAGCAGCAACGGCGCGCCGGGGUCGUCGCCGCUCGGGCCCAACGGCCGCUCGCCGUCCAUACCCGAGCACGCGUCCGUGUCUCAGCCGCUGUCCUCCUCCUCCGCGGGGGGCCAGGUCGCUGCCCCCAUGGUGGUGACGGGCGACAUGCCGCAGGGCGGCUGGUGGCUGGGCGAGUGCUCGCCCUUCGAGCUGCCCUCCUCCAUGGACCACAUCGCCUCCAACAGCCUACGCCGCAGCCUCAACAGCUCCGCCGCAGCCGGCGGUGGCGACUCGGGGCUGCUGCAGGAGCGGCCCGGCACCAGCGUGCUCAUGAUGAGCAGCCGCCGGCCGGGCACGUCGGCGGGCGUGUCCGGCGGCGGCCGCCCAGGCUCCUACUCGGUGUCCAUGCCGCCGGGCAGCGCGCGCCCGUCCUUCACGCCGCCCACGCCGCACGGCUCGUUGCCUGGGCCGCGCCGCCCCGACACUUCUGGCAGCACUAGCCUGGUGGCGGCGGCGGUGUCGGGCGCGGCGCUGCAGGCGUACAACAAUCAACGCCAGCAGCAGCAGCAGCAGCAGCAGCAGCAGCAGCAGCAGCAGUCGGCGCAGCAGUCGCUUGAUGGGCAGGGGGACGCAGGCAUGGAUGGCGGCGGCGGGCCGGCGGCGCCGCAGUCCCCGUCACUGGCGAACGGCGGCAUGGGGCACGGCCCGCGCGCGUCAUCCGCCGGGCCGCCCAGUGGCAGUGCCACCAGCCGUAGCGGCAACUCGGUGCUGCGAAGCACCGUGGCCUUUGGCGCGCCGCCGCCACACGGACCGUUUGGCGGCGCGGGGCACAGCUCCGCCACGUCGCCGGGGGCGCCGGGGGCGCCGGUGGUGUUGUCUCCAGGCGGGGGCGGCGGCGCGGGGUACGCCGGCACCCACAACAUGCUGUCGGGGCAGGUGCGGCCCAGCACACCGAGCAAGGUCACAACGUUGGGGGCAGGCUUCCGGAGCUUCGUGCCCAUGGGGCAGGGGCAGCACGGCGGUGGCGGCAGCGGGGGUGGGCUGAGGGGCAACAGCCGGUAGUGUGACCUGUGUGAGUGUGUGACUCGGUGUUGAAGAGAGUGGGGAGCUUGUAGCCGCGGCAGCAGGUUGGGUCAUGCAGGAACCGGUGGGCUGCACUGUCAUUGAUGGGGGGAUGUGUCAUGAAUUGCUGUGCACCGAACGUACUGGCGGUUUUGCCUGGUAAAACAUGGACGUAUCACGGCGAUGGGUGACCUGGCCUAUGACAGUUACGGUAUCAUUUGGGUGGCGGCCUUUCACCAGGCGUGGCGCCCCUCGGCCAUCGGGCGGCUCCAAGGGCACCCCUGGGCGGCUCCGCAUCUUUGCAAAAGACGCUCGGAACUACUGAAUUCAUCGCGUACAUGUUCAUUGAUCAAGUGCUUCGCAUCACCUGUAGUUUUUGUGUGACUCCAAUUUGUGAUGGCAAAAAGCGACGUUAUAAUGGGUAGGGAUUGGCAGCAAACUGUGGGGCAUCACGCGCUGCGCACCAACCCUCAUCGCACUUGAGAUGUGCCGCGCAUGUCACUCACAGACCGCAAUGCUCCCCUUAAACGUAAUC